AUGCUGGAAACUGCAAAUUCAUCUUUACUACAAGAAACUGAUUUAAAGGAUUACUGUUUUCCUGAUUCUAAUGGCUCUUGUGUCAAAAGUUUUUACAAUGCGGCAGCACAAACUGUGUUAUAUUUCUUACUCGGACUGGCGAUGACAGUGACAAUUCUGGGGAACUCUGUGGUCAUCAUCUCCAUAGCUCAUUUCAAGCAACUUCACACACCCACAAACAUGCUGGUUAUGUCUCUAGCACUGGUAGACCUUCUGCUGGGUCUGACUGUUAUGCCAUUCAGCAUAAUCAGAUCUGUAGACGGAUGCUGGUACUAUGGUGAAACCUUCUGUUUACUGCACUCUACUUUUGACAUGUUCCUCACUACUGCAUCUAUCUUCCACCUGGUCUGUAUCGCUACAGAUCGAUACCAAGCCGUGUGCCAUCCACUUCAGUACCCGACAAGAAUAACGAUACCAAUUGCAUGGCUAAUGGUAGUUCUAAGCUGGAUUACAGCUGCGGUGUAUUCAUAUGGUCUCCUGUAUUCAAAAGAAAACGUGGAAAGCUUAGAUGAGUUUAUCAAAUCAGUAUAUUGUCUGGGCACCUGUAACCUUUUUUUCAAUGCACUGUGGGCAGCUCUGGAUUCAUUCAUAUGUUACUUUUUCCCAUUUUCUGUAAUGAUUUGUUUGUAUGCCCAAAUAUUUUUUGUUUCAAAGAAGCAUGCGAGGCAAAUUGAGGACAGAAAACAGUCCAGGUAUCAGAUGAACAUAACUAAGAUUGUAAAACAUGAGAAGAAAGCAGCAAAAACCCUCGGCAUUGUCGUGGGUGCGUUCAAUCUUUGCUGGAUGCCCUUUUUUAUUAACUCUCUGAUUGAUCCUUAUAUUCACUUCUCAACUCCAGCAGUUCUUCUUGAUGUGUUUCUCUGGUUGGGUUAUAUUAAUUCAACUUUAAACCCCAUCAUAUAUGGCCUCUUCUACCCAUGGUUCAGGAAAUCACUGUAUCUGAUUAUUACCUUUAGAAUAUUUACUCCUUUGUCUUCUGACACAAAUGUUUAUGGCACUUGA